AGAAAGUACAGAGAGAACUGAAGAAUGAGACAGAAACGUUGGCCAUCUCCGAAGCUUUCUAGCUUCCCGCCGUUUUUGCCUUCCUAGUUUUUACUUAUCUUCGCCGUUGCUUUAGGUUGAAUCUUUGAGAGUGAGAUGUUUGACUAUAGCUUGCCUAUAGCUACUAGAACAAGGAAGCGGCAGGACAUAGCUUACAAGGAGUUCAAUGAGAACAAGAAGAAGCAGCAGAAGGAAGUGGGUGGCUCAGCAGCGUCCACUGGUUUGGAGAAAUCUGAAUUCAUAGUUCUUUCGGAUAGUAGCGUGGAGGACGAUAGCUCAGGGGAUUCUGAUUCAGUAGAGAGUGUUGCAGAGGGAAGUGAGGAGGUGGGGAAAGGGCGGAGCGUGAAGGCUGGGGGUGUUGAGGGAAGUACAAGGUCGGGGUUGUCAGCUGAUUCUGGUGUGAAAGUCAUUAGUUUGGUUAGUGAUAGUGAUGAUGAUGCAGUGUCAAUAAGUAAAGAGGGAGGUGGAGCUGGAGGGGACUCUGACAGGGUUAAGGAUAGUGAUAUGAGAAGUGUACAUUCAGACGAGGAACUUCAUGAGUUCUCAGCUGAUGAUGGUGAUAAUGAAGAUGAUAUUGAAAGUAUUCCUUCAGAUGAUUCUGCGAGUGAAUAUAAAAAUUCAUCAGAUGAUUAUGCAAGUAAUUAUACACAUGAUGAGGGACCUUUAAAUUCAGAUCGUGAAAUUGAGGAUGCAAAGAGAAGUGAGGCAGAGGGGGAAAAGGUUGGUAUAUGUCAAAAAAGAAAGAGAAACUUUGGAGGGGACGGCGAUGGUCAAAAGUUCAAUUGUGUAGCACACCGUACUCGUUCAUGGUCAGGAAAUCAUUCCUCUAGCCAUGAUGAUCAGAGGGAUACUGUUUAUGAAAAUCAAUGUGGUAGUCAGAGAAACAAGCAUCCUAAAAUGGAUUCACAGUGCAACAAUAGAAGAAGUGAGACGGAUCCUUGUAGCCUGAACUAUGAACGUAAUGAAUGGAAUAAUGUGCAGAAAGCAUCUGAAAAGAGCAAAGGGUCAAGGAAGCUCUCUAAAAAAAAGUACACCAGGGGAAAAAGAGAUGCUAAUGCGUACAACAUUCUUGCAGAUUCGAUUUGUGAAGAUGUAGAAGUACCGCCAGAAGCAUCAGCUUCCUUUGGGGAUAAAGUCGUUAAAAAUGUAACUCUUCCAUUGAAGUUCUCAUUUGGUAAGCCGCCAAGCAUUGUUCCAGAAGAGAAGUCAGAUUCCGAGAAAGAACAAGAUAAGCUUUAUGAAGAAAUGGAAUUUGCUAUUAGAUCUGCUCAAAUUGGCUCUACUGACUGUAAUGAGGUUGAAAUUAAUGACGUUCCUCCAGUUAAGGAAGUUACUCAGCAUAUGCUUUGUAGUCGAGGGGAACAUCAUCUUAUACUUGAUGAAGAAAUUGGGUUGAUUUGCAAAUAUUGCCUUCAUGUGCAUCGGGAGAUCAAGUAUAUGGUACCAGACUUUGCUCCAAACCCUUAUGGACGAUCUGGCAAGAGAUCCUAUGAAGAAGACAACUGGUCUAUUCCUGAUGAGGUACAAUGUCAUGAAUCUGGGUCUGGCCUUACUUCCAAUGCUCAUGUCGAUGGCACAGUGUGGGACUUAAUCCCUGGUGUUAAAAGUAGUGUGUAUCCUCACCAGCGUGAAGGUUUUGAGUUUAUUUGGAGUCAAAUAGCUGGUGGAAUUCAUCUUGAACAGUUGCAAAACACUAGUGCUGAUGGUGGGGGUGGUUGCAUAAUAUCACAUGCCCCUGGAACAGGGAAGACACGUCUAACCAUUGUCUUUCUUCAGGCAUACAUGAAAUUUAACCCCAAAUGCAGGCCACUGAUAAUUGCUCCUCGUACCAUGCUUCACACCUGGGAAGAGGAGUUUAAAAAAUGGGGCUUUGAAAUACCCUUUCACAAUCUUAACAAUCAGAGUUUAUCAGGAAAGGAGAAUAAAGCAGCCCUUGAGAUUUUGGUUCAAAAUAUAGGCCAGCGCCGUGUGAAAAAAAUGGAAAGUAGUCGUUGGUUGAAGUUAUAUUCCUGGAACAAGGAAAGAAGCAUCCUUGGUAUUAGUUACAGAGUUUUUGAGAAACUUUAUACGGAGCAUAAUCCUGGAGACAAGAAAGCUGGCCUAGCUGAGAAAAUGAGGAACAUUCUGCUAGAUUUUCCUGGUAUUGUAGUCUUCGAUGAAGGGCAUACACCUCGAAAUGAUAAAAGUCAUAUGUGGAAGGCUUCAUCAAAUAUCAAAACACAUAGACGUAUAAUUCUCUCAGGAACUCCUUUCCAAAACAAUUUUGAUGAGCUGUACAAUACAAUUCGCUUGGCAAGGCCAGACUGGAUCGGGCAUACAUGCAGUGCCAGAGAUAAAGCAAAGCAAGCCAAGAAAAUAAGAGCUGAAAUUGCCCCGAUUGUGCAUGUUUACAGAGGUUCCAUACUACGAGAUGCACUUCCCGGAUUGAGGAACUCAAUUGUUGUUUUACAGCCAAACAAGUUGCAGAAAGAAAUUUCAAUGAAAAUUCAAGAGAAGAAAGAUCUUCCAUUCUUUAAAGUUGAACAUUAUGAGACUUUAAUAUCUGUUCAUCCUUCGGCUUUGCUCAACCUGGAGAAGGACACGAGGGUAUCCUUUCUUAAUCAUGUUGACUUGAAGAAACUAAAGGAAAAAAGAUCAAAUCCUGAAUCUGGGAUGAAGGCAAAGUUUGUGAUUGAGCUCAUACGGCUGAGUGAUGCAAUGAAGGAAAGAGUUCUGGUGUUCAGUCAGUAUAUUAAUGCCUUGACCAUUUUAAAGGAGCUUUUGAAAUCUCAGUUUCAGUGGAAUGAAGAGAACGAGAUUCUGUUUAUGAGUGGAGCAGAAAAAUCAAAGCAGCGCCAAUCAUCAAUGAAGGCUUUUAAUGAUCCACUAAGCAGAGCCAAGGUAUUAUUAGCUUCUACCAAAGGUUGUAACGAAGGAAUAAAUUUGGUUGGAGCUUCAAGAGUUGUACUUCUAGAUGUUACAUGGAACCCAUCGGUUGAGAGGCAAGCUAUAUCUCGAGCGUACCGACUGGGACAAAAGAAAAUUGUGUUCAUCUACCACCUCCUCUUGGCUGGGCAAAGAGAAGAGGACAAACACAGUAGGCAAAUUGAUAAGCAUCGGUUGUCGGAAUUGGUAUUUUCUUCUUCUGAUAAGGAAGCUGCCAAGAAAAUCCCAGCUGUGGUUGCCGAGGAUACAAUUUUGGAAGAGAUGGUGAACCAUGAGAAACUCAAACAUAUGUUUGAAAAGAUAACCUUACUGGAUGAAGCCUCAUGGUUUGACUAAAAUACAAUUCUAUGAAGCUGAAUUUGACACAUUGAAACUGUACAAUUUUGCCAGUUUAUUUCUUACGGAGAUAUUGUGUAGCUAUUGUUAAUACCUUGAUAAUUUUGUUUUGGAAUGUCUCUUCUUGAUGAAAGAAGCAAUGUACACAAAUUUCGGUCAUGAAGCAAUGAAACUUAGAUAGAAGAUGUAAUGAAGCAAUAUGAGGACAGUGAUCUAAGGUGAAUGAUGUUAUUCCACUUUAUGCUAAGGUGAAUGAUGUUAUUGUUGAU